AAUUUGUAUUGACCAAUCAGAAGCACUGUAACAUUGUGUGAGGCUCCAGCAUUGUAAACAAACAGAGCAACGCCUCAACGUGCAGAUUUUUUGACGUGAGAGGAGCACUUCGGAAAUUCAACUAUUUUAUAGACUUGUGGGUCGAUUUUGGCCAUUUUUAAAGUAGAUAUGAGUAUAGCACAACUUCUACAAGCAGCUGAAUGGCUAGAGAGGCGAGAAAGAGAAGCCGAACAUGGUUAUGCAUCGACUAUGCCAAUGCCCGAUGAAGUUGGAAGACGACGGAUGAAAAAUUAUAAGAAAGCGCAUGGAAAUAGAUCAACCCAUAAUGAACUGGAAAAAAAUAGACGAGCUCACCUGCGAAACUGCCUGGAGCAGUUGAAAGAUGUAGUACCAGUUGGGGGAGAUUCAACACGCCAUACAACCUUAGGACUUUUAACAAAAGCAAAACAUUAUAUAAAGAAUCUAGAAGAAAAAGAACGGCGCCAUAAAGCCGCUCGUGAAGUAUUAUACAGGGAACAGAGACAUUUACAACGUAGGUUAUCAGGGCUUGAUGAUGGCCAAUACAGGGAAAGUAGAGCAGAGAGGACUAUUAGUGAAUGUAGUACCUCUAGUGCCUCAACCACUGGUUCCAAUGCCAGCACUUCAGAAUCAGAUGAAGUGGAUAUCAUUGGAUACGAUAAUGGCAGCAGUGAUACUGACGACCACAGUUCCAUCAAUAGCAGCAGUGAUGGUGGGUGUGGCCUAAACUCUCUCAGCCUCACAAUGGUGGGCUCUGACGUAUAGCAUCUCGCCUGGUUCACACCUUGUAUACACCGCAAUAGCAGCCAACUACCCUGCCACCACAAUCACUCACACUAUGAUGAUCCAGCAUCUCUCAGAUAUUGGUAUCACACAUGUAGACAAUUUAGGGCCUUGGAUAGUAGGAAACACUGUUGGGCAUAUUGGGAUAAUAAUGGAACAUGGACCAACUUGAAUGCUAGCUGACAACCAAUCAUAUUCGCCUAUGAUGUACAGUUGUAUGUUAUUUACAUAUGGAUGGCUGCUGUAUUUGAUUGUUCUUCAAAAACUUAUAUGAUGAUUGUGGCAAUCUUUGAAAGUCAUAGAAUUUUCUCCAAGAAAAUUUCAUGAUAUUUCAUAGGUUUCCAUGGUUUCUAUCAUGUUAUUUUUUGAAAUAUGCAGAAAUAGCUUUGUUUGUAAGCAGUUGAAUGGCGCUUGUAAAGAACUGGUACUCACAGCCUUUAUGUAUUUAUGUAUUCUUACCUUGUUACAGGGCUCGGUUGUUUAAAAUGGAUUAAAUUUAGACAUCCAAGCCCUGUAUUAUGUACAGAACCAGGGAAGAUUUCAAAGGCAAAGGAUGUAAUAUGUACCCAUAAACCCCUGUCACUCAUUUCAUCUCAUCCUGUCA